AUGGAGCCGGUGUCGUUGCACGACUUCGUUUGCGCCUUGGACCUCGCCUCCCUCCCGCGUGUGCUGCGGGUCUGCUCGGGGGUCUACUUCCAGGGCUCCAUCUACGAGAUCUCUGGGAAUGAGUGCUGCCUCUCCACAGGGGACCUGAUCAAGGUCACCCAGGUUCGCCUCCAGAAGGUGGUCUGCGAGAACCCAGGAACAGGCCAGACCAUAGAAAUCCCCCCCAACUUCUGUGGCCACUUCAGCCCCCUCACCGGCCCUCAGAGCUAUGAAACCCUGGAGGAGCUGCUCUCUGCUGCAACCCAGCACUCCAGGAAGCUGCCCAUUGGCUUCAUGUCGACACACAAAAUCACCACAAAGGCCAGGGUGGUGCCCAGGGACCAGCCCCUCCUGCUCAAGGAUGUGGAGGAGUAUCAUAGGACCUACCAUGCCCGCUGUGUGCUGGACACCAAAACCCAGCACUUCACUCUGUACCUGCCCCUGUCCCAGAGGGGCCCCUUCUGGGAAUGGGAGCCUGGUGCCCCUCGGCCCCUCCUCCAGGCCCUGAAGGAUCCAGCCCUGAGCGACCGCCUCUUCACCUGCCCCACACUCCCUUGGGAGUCCCUGCUCCUGAGGCCCCAGUAUGAGAUCCAAGCCAUCAUGCACAUGCGCAGGACCGUCGUCAAGAUCCCCUCCACCCUGGAGGUCGACGUGGAAGACGUCACCGCCUCUUCUCAGCACAUCCACUUUAUCCAGCCUCUGCUGCUGAGUGAGGCCCUGGCCCGGGGAGGCCCCUUCCCUCUGUCCGCGGAGAUCCUGGAGGUUCCGGAGGGGCCCCCCAUCUUCCUCAGCCCGUGGGCAGGCUCCUUGCAAAAGGGCCAGCGGCUCUGCAUCCAUGGCCUGGCCUCACCGCCCUGGCGGAUCCUGGUCUCGACCAAGGGCCGGAAGGUGCCCAGACACUUCAUGGUCUCCGGGGCUUAUCAGGGCAAGCUGCGGCGGCGGCCGAGAGAGUUCCUCACGGCCUGUGACCUCCUGGGUGCCCUCCAGCCAGGCCAACCGCUCCGGGUUGUGGCCACAAAGGACUGUGAGGUCGAAGGGUUAGAGACCCUUAGGCUCACGUCCCUGGCUGUGGGUGACAGGCUGGAGGUGCUGAGGCCCGGCCAGGCCCACGGGGCUGGAGGCCAGGACAUAGAUGUCUUGGUAUGUCAGCGGCUGAGUGACCAGGCCGAGGAGGACGAAGAGGAGGAGGAAGAUUAUGAAGAGAUAGAAAGUGAAAACCAGAUCCUGCUGCCCCUCUACAUCUCCAGUAGUUUCGUGGAGGAGAUGAGUGAUAAUCGGCGCUACAGCCUGGGAGCACUGACUGCCCAGUUUUCGCUGCCCUGUGAAGUCAAGGUGGUGGCCAAGGACGGCAGCCAGCCUGCUGAUCCUCUGCCCUCCUUCCCAGGUCUGCGGCUGGAGGAGAAGAUCGUGGAACCCUUCUUGGUGGUCAGCUUCGACUCUAAACCUGACAUGUGCUUUGAGCUCCCUCCCCGGUGGCUGGACCUGACUGUCGUGGAGACCGAGCAGCAGCCGGGCCAGCCGGCUGGGCCUCCCCCGGUCGCCACUGUGGAGGAGCUGACGGAAGCCUUCUACUAUACGCUCCGGCAGUUACCGGCCUUCAAGAAUCAGCCCCCCCCACCGCGGCCCCCCAAAGGUCAAGGCCUCAGUGGGCAGAAGAAACAAAGCGGCAAGAACAAAAGUGGCCAGUCUUAUCAAGUCUCAGAAUGGCAGCAAACUCCUCUGCUCCCCAAAGCCAAGAUGAAGACACUGCCGCAGGGCGCCAAGGACAGCGCAAGAAUGUACAGCAAGGUUGCUGCCCACAGGAAGGGCCUCAGGCACACUAAACCCAUCACGGAUCCAGAUGAUGACGAACAUGAUUAUGAAGAGAUAGUUGAGAAAUUUCAGAAUACUCUUUAGAUACUGGAGCAGCCCUGCUUCUUACCUGCUGUGUCUCAGGGAAUCAGAGGCCGUCAACUAUUACAAGCCUUUACAAGACCUCACACAAGAGCUCACUGAACUCAGACUGUGGACAGGAAAUGGCUUCAUGGAGACCAACGUGAAAAGGGGUGGACAUUGUUCCAGUGUUUUCCUCAUGUUCCAGGUUCCUGCCGCCGAGGGCUGGCUUGUUUGGGGCCAGCACCUCGCCCUCGCCUCUCUCAGCUCAGAGCUUUGGUGUCUAGAGGAGGCAGCUGGGUUCGGUUCAGUUCUGAGUCCCCAACGCUCGUGUCUCAUGAGUUGGUACAGAAAGGAAUCUGAGAUCACCAACCUUGAUGGUGGUGGCACCGUGUCUCCUGCCUCUCGGAAAAGGGGACUCAACCCGGAACACCCCGCACUGAGAGCCUUUUCUUCUGUUUGCCACCCCCUCGCCCUCUUCCUCCGCCACUGAACCCUAAGCCCCUGAGAGAGCAGGACUAGGUUGCCUAUGAAGGAACAUGAUAGUUGCACGUGACGAUCCAAGAUUUUUUUGCUCAAAAACCAUAGAAUAAAAAUGACACGUGGGUGUCUGGAAAAAUGGGAACAGAUAUCAUGUAGUAAGGUCUGUGCCAGACCCUUUUUAAACAUUAUCUAAAUCCUCAACUCUCUGGAUAGACAACGCACUGAUUUUAAAGGUCAGAAAACUAGCCUGAGUGGUCGGGUACUUCAGGAAGGCUGACUAGUUGUGGGCCUGGGUUAGCAUCUGGCCUCACCACCAUCUGGGCUGUGGCUGUGAGCAAGUUCUUUUAACCUAAUCUUCAGUUCCUUCAUUUGUAAAAUACAACUAACGGUUAUCUACCUCACAGAAUCGUUCUAAGGAUCAAAUGCGAUAAUCUAGGUGUAAUAUCUAGUGCAGUGCCUGGCACAUAAUAAACACUCAAUAAAAAUGUUAGCAUCGUUCCCAUUGACCCAGAUAGCGCAGCUCUGUGUCUGAGGCCUAUGUUCUUUCCCCACCUCCACACUGUCUCCCAAUCACGGAAUCCUUCUGUGUCUGGAAUAUACUGAGCUCGUAGACUGUGGAGACAUGUGUGGACUGGUUGGAAGGCCUCCCCACCCAGCGUGACGGAGAUAAACCUGGGUCUAUGCAGACACUAACCCAGCUUCCAAGGUCAGUCCAGGCCUGUUCCUUGCGGUGAGACCACAGGCCUCACUUCCUAGAAGUGGCAGGGUUUUGGUUCCUAGAUGGAGGCAGUCACAGAACCAAGCACACCGCACACUAUCUCUUGUCCUCAGCAGAGGACAAGAAAUAGAUAAAAAGGGAACCAGAGUUUCUGGCUGACGUGGGAAUGGAAAGACUGUCUGGAGCUCCCGGAUUUGAGGGAGUGCACCUGAGUGUGUCCUUCCUAGGCCUCCUGCUCCCACACCCCAGCACUCCAGGUGAGCCCCAAGCAGCUAGUUCAAGCUGCGGGCCAGUCCCCAGGCCUGCCUCCAGAGACCAGCUCAGCUGCACGGGGGCACCCUGAGGAAGAGCGUGUUCUGGGACAAGCAGUAAGUAUGGAAAAAAGUUCCUCCUGGGCACAGGACCCCAAGCGCCAAGCUCACGUGCAGAAUGCCAACAGUUCUCACCUCCACAUCUGCAUUUAAUUAUGGCACCAAAUUGAGCAAGAUCUCAAAAGGGGGCCAGAGAGGGGUGUUUCUGAGUGUCCCGAUGCUGCAAGAGAAGCAAGCAAUUUCACAGCUGGGAAAACCGGGCUGAAAAGGAAAACAUGCUUGAAAACCACAACUGUGAGUGGCUUAUCAUAGCGACUUGGGGGUCGGGGGGGGCGGCAGCAGGGACCACAGGCAGACAAUGCCCGUGGGGCACUUUUGUCUUAACUCUGGACUAAGCCACUGGGCAGUGGGGAGGGUGUUAGAGUGGGGCCAGUGGUUCCCCCGGGUGAUGGUCUCCAAGGCGAGCACACACUCCUGGGAACAUACGAGAUGUACACUGGGAAACAGAAGAGAUUAGUCCAUCCCUUCAUAUUUAUUUUUCCUAUCUUUUCUCAUUUCUAUUUUUGAAUGUUUUGUGAUGUAGAGAACACGCUCACACUGUACCAGGCGUCAACAACUGCUGAAUAAAUGAAUGUGCACUGGAGGU